AUGGGAUUCGAGAAGAUAUUCGUGAUCAACCUCCCGAAACGAACCGACCAUCGUGACGCUGCAUCCCUCGCUGCGUAUCUCACAGACCUCGAGAUCGAAUACGUCGACGGCGUUACCGAGAUCGAGGAGAAUACGCUCCCGCUUGGUGGCGAUACUAUCACCAACAAAGGAGCGAUAGGCGCAUGGCGAGCUCAUAUGAAUGUUUUCAGAACUAUUGUCGAGCGAAACAUCAGCACGGCACUAGUCAUGGAAGACGAUUCUGACUGGGACAUCCGCAUCAAGUCUCAAAUGCGACGCUUCGCCGAAUCCUCCCGCCUUCUCGUCCAGCCACUCCCAGGUACUACAGAUGAGUUCCUCGAUCCAACCUACUACUCCUUCGAUUCCCCGAGCCAACGCGACUUCUACGUCGGCGAACAUCAAGUGACCGAGCCUACGACCUCCCCCUACGGCGAUGUUUCCAGAUGGGACUUCUUUUGGCUUGGCCACUGCGGCGCCAAAUUCCCUCUUCCCAAAGACGCACCCCUCCCGCAAGGCCGAGCGGUAAUGCUCGACGACGAGACCGUCCCCGAGAAACAACACAUUGACGCUCAAUUCGGCGACGGCCUCCUCGCCCAAGAGUACCCACAACACACGCGCGUCGUAAGCCGCACCCACGACAAUGUCUGCACUUCCGUCUACGCCAUCACCCUUGCAGGCGCCAAACGCUACCUCUACGAACUCGCCCUGCACAAAUUCAAUAAGGGUGUCGAUCUCCUCAUGAACGAUAUGUGUGAUGGUCGCGACGGCCGACCCAUGCGGACAUGCUUGACCGUUCACCCGCAGCUGUUUCAACAUCAUCGCCCCAUUGCGAAGAAGACGAGUUUCUCGGAUAUUGGCGAUUUGUCGGGCGAUGGGUACAGUGAUCAGGCUUUCACGAGGAAUAUAAGGUGGGCUACACGGGUGAAUUUUAGGCAGUUGGUUUAUGGGCAGACGAAUUAUACGGAUCUGUUUCCUGACGGGGAGGAGAGGCCGGAUUUGCAUACUUGA